GUAUGGGUUUUCAAAGGGUGCGGCAGAAAAUGUCAAUUCUAUCAGGUGAAUCCAUACCAGAAUGGUUCAUCGAGGUUUAAAAUUGAAUUUAACGCUUUUGAUGCGUCGCUUAAUAGGCGGCAAAUAGAUUUGGAAUAAAGAACAGAAAAAAUAAAUGAGAACACCGGUGGAUUGUCUUCAACGAGUUCGACUGCCGGAUGGAAUCUAUUGGGGAAAAAAUUGUGCAUGAGUACAAUACCGUAACCGUGAUGUUCAAAAAAUGAUUCAAUCUAAGUUUUCUUCAGAAGGAUUUCAAAAGUCUGUACGGUAAGCAGACGGUCAUCGAACGUGUGUAUGAGAUGAAUAUCAAAUUCGACCUCCGAGCAGGUAUCGGUGUAAAGUAAGCAUUAUUGAACACCAUUGACGCAAUGGGAUAAAAAAAAAGAUCCUUUGAGAUCUCCUCCGAUAUCCCGUAAAAUUUUUUUGAUAAGCAUAACAAAUGACGCAUAUUGGUCUGACGUGAGACGCUGACACAGAACAAUGCAAAAUCAAGGGAUCCCUUGACGUUAUGUUCGUCAUUGUAGGCGUAUAUCAGACCAGCUUAGAGUCGUCGUCCCACCCUAUACAUUUAGAGUCGUAAAGUCGCCACAGGGGUCCUUCAACAAGAGCGUUUAUCGCUUAUCUUGUUUCCUCUCCGCACAUAAUACACGAGUAGAUUGUCGAUAGGAAACUACUAAUUAGUGAGCUCAUCACUCCGAGUCUGUUGGAGGGACUUCAGUCGAUUGUUGGACACAGUGAAUUUUGGUCGUCCCUGUGAACGUUAAUAAAAUGUGGAAGUUGCUGGUCAUCGCCUUCUUAACGCAAGUGAGCGCUGCUCCUUCCGUGGAACCGAAUACAGAACAAAAUUUUAGACCCAGCAGAGUCCAAUCUACCGAAACACCGUGCCAUUGUCCUUCGUCCUCAAAUUCCCCUGCCCAGAUCGAAUCGGGGACCGGCACGAAUCACCCUUUACCCUGGGGAUCGAGCAAUUCGAUGCAGAACCUUGUACUCCACGGAAUGCCCUGCGUCUGCAGCCUCGGCCCAUCCAGGUUGCCGAUAAGGGACGACUACAAAUACACGCCAGGUGUUGGUUCGCACAAACUCCACACGCGAGCUCUGCCCUGGAACGAGGCGAGGAAAAUGUGCAACGAGGAGGGCGGCCACCUCGCAGUCAUUAACUCCGUCGUUGAAGCGCAGGUGCUGAUGGACAUGUUCAACACGUCAGGGCCGAUAAAGAACGCAGCCUACAACUACGUGGCGUACGUGGGCAUCCACGACCUCUACAAAGAGGGUGAAUGGGUUUCGAUAUCAGGUGAAUCGCUGGCUCGUACUGGAUACACCAAAUGGACGGACAAGUGGGGUGGGCAGCCGGACAACGGUGAGGGAAAACAACAUUGCGGCGCCUUCUUCAACGAAGGAGGUCUCGAUGACGUAGCCUGCGACGCAGCCUUCGCAUAUUUCUGCGAGUUACCAACGAUGCAAUUCUUCCAUUGAAGCUAUUCACGUUCUACGACAAAGUUAAUAUUCCAUUUUUUGAAAUUCCAAAAU